AUGAAUGAACACUUAGAAGAAAUUGUUCGAAACAUUGGAGUGAAAACGCGAACAGCAACGGGGGAUAUUCGAUACUGCGAAAAAUGUCGGCUCAUUAAACCUGACAGAGCACAUCACUGCAGUGCCUGUGGGAAAUGCAUUCCCAAAAUGGAUCAUCAUUGUCCAUGGGUUAACAAUUGCGUUGGUUUUAACAAUUACAAGUUCUUCAUGCUGUUUCUGGUGUAUGCUAUGUUGUACUGCGUUUUCAUUGGGAGUUCAACGCUGAUGUACUGUAUAAGGUUUUGGAAACAGCAGACGCAGAACAAUAAGUGGCAAGUUUAUAUCCUAUUCCUGUUAUCUGUUAUGUUUCUUAUCAGCAUAGCGCCGUUAUUUUUUUACCACUGUUUUCUUCUCCUAGACAACAGGACGACUCUAGAAGCUUUUAGAGCGCCAGUGUUUCUGCAUGGAAUUGAUAGGGACGGAUUCAACUUGGGCAGAAGUAAAAAUUUUAGGGAAGUCUUUGGAGAAAAUUGGCUUUUAUGGUUUCUUCCAGUGUCAAGCACUCCUGGUGAUGGCGUUCACUUCCCAUUACGCAUUCGUAACUCUGGCAGAACGUAUAAUACUGUGGAGAGAGGUGAUAGUCAUUUUAAACGCAAUCAUGAAUAUGGUGAAGUAAAGUGA